AUGAAGUCGUUUAUCCUGGGGUCCUUGCUCGCCGUGGCGGUCUCCGCCAUUCCCAUGCCGGCGCCGACGCCUCCCGGCAUCCCCUCGGCCUCGACCGCGAAGAGCCAGCUGGCCAGCCUCACCGUCAAGGCGGCCGUUGACGACGGCAGCUACAGCCGCGACCUGUUCCCGACCUGGGAAACCAAGGAGGGUACCUGCAACACCCGCGAGUACGUCCUGAAGCGCGAUGGCACCAAUGUGCAGGUAAACGACGCCUGCACGGCUACCUCUGGCAGCUGGUUCUCCCCCUACGAUGGCGCCACCUGGACCGCCGCGUCUGACGUCGACAUCGACCACAUGGUCCCGUUGAAGAACGCCUGGAUCUCCGGCGCCAACGCCUGGACCACCGCCCGCCGCCAACAGUUCGCCAACGACAUCGAUCACCCCCAGCUGUGGGCCGUGACCGACAACGUGAACCAGGCCAAGAGCGACAAGUCCCCCGACCAGUGGAAGCCUCCUCUCGCCUCUUUCUACUGCACCUAUGCCCGCGCAUGGGUGUCGGUUAAGAGCACCUAUGACUUGACCAUCACCUCGGCUGAGAAGAGCGCGUUGUCUAGCAUGUUGAACACUUGCUAA